AGGCGCUUGCUAGCUGCUAGACCAUCAUGUUCUUUUCAAUGAAGAAUCACCCACUCAAGUUGCUCACACUCCCGACCAUUGCCUUUUGCUCAAGUUGCUCAAAGACCGACAGCUGGGAGUCCAUUUUUCACGCUAUCCCAGACACCAUGUCCUUGGCAUCUUGGCAAGACAACAUCAUCCUGCUGUCUGACAGCUACAAGGUGAGCCACUAUCGGCAAUAUCCUCCAGGUACACAGUAUGUGUACAGCUACUUCGAGAGUCGUGGAUGUGACCGAGAGGGAUGGGAUUCAGUUUGCUUCUUUGGCUUGCAAUAUUUUCUCAAGCGCUACUUGACUGGCCAAGUUGUGACACGAGAGAAGAUUGAACAAGCUGCCAAGAUCUACUCACAACAUUUUGGCGAUGGCACCAAUGACAAUCCGGACCUUUUCUACCGUGAAGGUUGGGAGUACAUCCUGGAGAAGCACGGAGGACGUCUUCCUGUGAAGAUCAAGGCACUCCCGGAAGGAACUGUCGUGCCGGUGAAGACUGUCCUCAUCACUGUGGUGAACACAGACCCAGAGUGCUAUUGGUUGACGAACUUUCUGGAGACGCUCCUUGUGCAGGUUUGGUUCCCAAUGACCGUCUGCACAAACAGCAGAUACCAAAAGCUUUCCAUCCAGAAGUACUUGGAGGAGACAGGAUGCGAGGACUGGAAGCCUCCUGGAGGAGCAGCCUACAAGUUGCACGAUUUUGGCUUUCGUGGAGUGUCAUCGGUGGAAUCUGCCGCCACUGGCGGAUUAGGCCACCUGGUGAACUUCAUGGGCUCCGACACCGUCAUUGCGCUGCUGGCAGCGGAGAAGUUCUAUGGCGCCAAGCGCGCGGUGGGCACCUCCAUCCCGGCCUCCGAGCAUUCAACCAUCACCUCGUGGGGAGUGGAUGGUGAGCUGGAUGCAAUGCGAAACAUGCUGGACCAGUACCCCACUGGCCUUGUGGCCUGCGUGAGCGAUUCCUUUGACGUCUUCAAGGCAUGCAGGGAGUACUGGGGAGAUGCAUUGAAGGACAAGAUCAAGGGCCGCAUCAGUGAUACCAGCUUUGGACAGCUGGUGGUGCGACCAGACAGUGGAGAUCCGGAGGAAACAUGCGUUGCCAUUAUGAAGAUCCUCCUGGAACAAUUUGCUGAGGAAGUGACUGAAACAAAGACUGGACACAAACUGCUUCCGCCCUACAUCCGGGUGAUCCAGGGCGAUGGCGUUGACUAUCAGUCUAUCCCCAAGAUCUUGCAAAGGUUCAAGGAUGAAGGCAUUGCAGCGGCUAACAUUACCUUUGGCAGUGGCGGAGCUCUUUUGCAGAAAGUGAAUCGUGACACUUUCAAGAUUGCCUUCAAGUGUGCCGAAGUCACCUUGGAGAGUGGAGAGGCUCGAGAAGUCUUCAAGGAUCCGCUGACCGACGAUGGUAAGGCUUCCAAGAAAGGUCGCCUCACUCUGCAGAAGGCGUCUGACAUUACAACCUACUCCGAAGAGGACGUGUACAAGCCACGUCAGGGAGUGGAUGGAGUGAAGGGUGGUACCGGUUUCUUGCACUUUACUCCGGAUGGAAACUACGUCACCGUGGCAAGUGGAAAGGGUGACCCUGAGAAAGAUUUGUUGGUGGAUGUCUACGAGAAUGGUAUGAUGCUCAAGGAUUACAAGUUGUCCGAGAUCAGAAGGCGUGCGGAUGUCGAGAACGGUCCUUUUGUCAACUCUCCGGAGGAGCCUGAGGAACCAGAGCCUGCUCCGGUGCCGGCCGCUGCCAGGCCAACCUAUGUGACGGUGCCCUUCCCAAGUCAGAAGAUCAUGACGGCAGCACCUCCUGGAGCUGUGCGAAUGAUUCCUGUGAUGAACAGGCCCAGCUUUGUGGCGGCGCCGCAGCCAGCACCAAUGCCACAGGUGAACCGCCCGGCCAGCUUUGUGGCUGCUCCCAUGGUCGGUACCCAGCCACAGGCGCAGUCCAUGUAUGUCCCCUCUCAAAUUCGGCCGUUCGCGAUGCCAGCACAGAUCUCCCAUCCAAGCUUCGUAGCCCCUGGGGCUCGCCCAAGCAUUGUAAACCCAGGACAACCUAUUCAGGCCCCAGUCUAUUCAAGUCAAGGACUCCAGGCAACAGUGCGACCCGGCGUUGUGAUGACAGCUCCAGGUGCGUCCCAGCCAACGAUCAUGCCUCAGCGAAGUGCUUCACUGGGGGUUGGAUUUGGUAUGGGCAACAUGGUGCGAAUGGUGCCGGGCCAGAGCUGAUCAGCCUUCGAUUUUGCAGGGCCUGGGGGCCCUGCCUCAGAACUUGAGGAGGGUUACCAUUGACAGGGUGCCAAUUGGCCGAUGUUUAAAAAGCAUAUAGAACAACAUCGCAUUUUUUGUUAAC